GCCGUAUAAUUACAGUGAGCGGCUGAAGGUAACUUCCUCCAAUCCUGGCUUUCUGCCUUUCCAAACGCUGCCGCCGGAGUGCGGCGGGCUGCGUCAGCCAACGCGAAGCUGGAUUAGGUUAUUAAAAUGCCCCCCGGCCUCCCGCCGCCUCCUCCUCGCGGACACUGAGUGGAGUUGGGCACUUUUUUCUUUGGCUCCCCGGCUCGCGAGCUGCCGGCGUCAUGUAGGCUCCGCUCCCCGGACUUUGGAAAACAAACCGGGUAUUGUCGCCGAAUUCUCGAGAGAUGGCAGAGUAGUUCACCGAGGACCUCGCAAAAAAAAAAAACAAAACAAAAAAACACACACACACACUUCGGAGCGUCGCCCCUCAAGGUCUACGAUGACGAGUGGGAACGUGUCUCUGUUGGUUGUGAUCGCCCUGGUCCUUCCCUGUUCUAGUUUGGAAGGUAAUGGCAGUACGAGAAAUGAAUGUUUGUGCGAUGGGCCAUCUUGCUCCAAUGGGAACCAGUGUUUUGGCCAUCAGUGCUUCACCUCUCUCUCCUUACUCAACGGGACAUCGGUCUUUAAAAAGGGCUGCAUUAAGGAUAAUGAGGAGGAGCUCCUCCGCUGCAGAAGCGCACCAACUCCUGAAGUGGUGGUGGAGUGCUGCUCGGGGUCUCUCUGCAACAUGAACGUCUCCUUACAGUUUCCAGAUGUACGACUGUCUGCUGGCAGACCGGUCCUCGGAGACCAAGAGUGUGUGUGCGAGGGCGGCGUGUGUGAGCGCGACCGCCGCUGCGCGGGCCAGCACUGUUUCUCCUCCAUGACGCUGAUUGAUGGGGUGGCCGUCCAACAGAAGGGCUGCCUGAGGGACGACGAGCGGGGCAGAGCCACCUGCACCAUGCCGCCCUCGUCGGAUCGUGUUGUCAAGUGCUGCCAGGGCCAUCUGUGUAACAUGAACGUCACUGUGCAAGCUCCGGGGAAAGCAGAAGAAAUGAAACCCCUGAGUAAAGAUGAGCACGAGUGUGUGUGUGAGGGAAGCGGCUGUGCAGUGGAGAGCCGCUGUCUGGGCCACCAGUGCUUCACGUCCCUCACGGUUAACGCCGGAUCCCUGCUGUACCAGAAAGGCUGCUUUAAGAUCUACGAGCAGAGCACGCUGACCUGCAAGACCCCGCCGACCAGGGACCAGAUCGUGGAGUGCUGUCAGGGUCACCUGUGCAACAUGAACAGCACCGUGGAGCUGCCCGUCAAAGCAGACGAGCUCUCCAGCCACAGCGUGACCACGCUGGCUGCCGUCAUCGCGGCUCCCAUCGUCGUCCUGGUCGUCCUCUCCGUCAUCGCCAUACUGGUGUUCAGGCGGAUUCACCACAACCAAAUGGAGAGGUUAACGUCACGAGAUGCUGAAUAUGGGACCAUCGACGGCCUGAUUGCGUCGAAUGUUGGCGAGAGCACUCUGGCGGAUCUGCUGGAUCACUCCUGCACGUCGGGAAGUGGAUCGGGGCUCCCGUUCCUCGUUCAGAGAACUGUUGCUCGACAAAUAACGCUCAACGAGUGCGUGGGUAAGGGCCGUUACGGUGAAGUGUGGCGGGGUCAGUGGCAGGGAGAGAACGUCGCCGUCAAGAUCUUCUCCUCCAGAGACGAGAAAUCCUGGUUCAGGGAGACUGAAAUCUACAACACUGUGCUGCUGAGACACGAGAAUAUCCUGGGCUUCAUCGCCUCGGACAUGACUUCGAGGAACUCCAGCACUCAGCUGUGGCUCAUCACCCACUUCCACGAGAUGGGCUCCCUGUACGACUACCUGCAGCUCAGCACCCUCGACGCGCCCGGCUGUCUCCGCAUGGCGCUCUCCAUUGCGAGCGGCCUGGCGCAUUUGCAUGUGGAGAUCUUUGGCACGCAGGGCAAGCCGGCCAUCGCCCACCGAGACCUGAAGAGCAAGAACAUCCUGGUGAAAAAGAACGGGCAGUGCUGCAUCGCUGAUCUGGGUUUGGCCGUCAUGCAUUUUCAAGACACCAACGAGCUGGACGUGGGGAACAACCCCAAAGUCGGCACCAAGCGCUACAUGGCCCCCGAGGUGCUGGACGACUCCAUCCAGAUGGAGUGCUUUGAGUCCUACAAGAGAGUGGACAUCUGGGCCUUGGGCCUCGUCCUGUGGGAGAUCGCCAGGAGGACGGUGAGCAACGGCAUCGUGGAGGACUACAAGCCGCCGUUUCAUGACCUGGUGCCCAGUGAUCCCAGUUUUGAGGACAUGAAGAAGGUUGUGUGUGUGGACCAGCAGAGGCCCAUCAUCCCAAACAGAUGGUUUUCAGACCCAACUUUGACCUCCAUGGCUAAACUCAUGAAGGAGUGCUGGUACCAGAAUCCUUCGGCCAGACUGACGGCGCUGCGCAUCAAAAAGACUCUCACAAAGAUCGACAACUCCCUGGAUAAAAUCAAGACGGACAUUUGAGCGUUUCUCCUGAAGGGACAGCAGAUGAAUUAAAGGGCCUUCCAGGACAUCCAGGGGAUGGAUUAUCUUAAAAAGACUCUCAGAAGAGAAGGGACUUCAUGGGUUCACGGGCCCUUAUAGCGGCACUGACCUGUAUUUAUUUUAAAACUGUUGGAGGGACACAAUUUGGAAUCCAAAGAUGGCUUUCCGGGCAUUUCUAAGACUGCUGCUCGUCUUGG